UCCAAACUUCCCUUUAAUAGACUAGCUCCCCACCUUAUACAUAUAAAACCAACCUAUAUAAACAACGUUCCAUCACCAAAUUUUUAUGAAGGCAAAAAAAAAAAGCAAUGGAAGCUAUGAACUCCUCCUCAUUUCAUAGCAGCGGAGAAAAUGGUGGUUCGUCGACUGAGCACGACGACUUUCUUCAACAAAUUCUCUCUUCUGUUCCUUCUUCUUCUUCUUCUUCUUCUUCUUCUUUGUUAGCUUCCAAACUCCGAUCGAUAACAUCGAAUCAAUGGCGGCACCGCCGGCGGAGGAGGAGGAACAACAUCAGCUGCUGCGAUGCUUCAGCGAGGACUCACCGGAGAUCAAAACGACGACGCUUUAUAUCAGCUUCCAAACUCCGACAACAUCACAUCAAUGGCGACACCGCCGGCGGAGGAGGAGGAACAACAUCAGCUGCUGCGAUGCUUCAGCGAGGACUCACCGGAGAUCAAAACGACGACGCUUUAUAUCAGGGAAAUGAGAUUUCAGUUCAAGCACUUAACAAUGGAUUUGCUGGAUCUCUUGGUCAAACCUCUAAUCAAUCUCAACAUUUUCAGGAGAAACAGUAAAUGAAGAAACUCGAAAUGGCCAAAUACAUCUUUAUAGGGUGGAGUUCAAAUGGGGACUUAUUACUAGCUUGGUACAUGAGCUGUAUAAGCACAACCAUAGCUGGGAAAAUGAAAGCAAUUAGUAUGUUUUUGUGUACUGAAAAAGAAGAAGGAGGAGGCGAUGUGAAGAAACUGUACUGGUCUUCACGAGAAAAACAAUUGAUAAUCGUGAAAUUGAGUUCAUGAUGAUGCUCAUUGGAGUUUUGGUAAUUGCUCCAAGAAACUCUUGUUCUUCUUGUUUCUAUUGCAUUCGCCAUUGAAAUUUGAAGGAAGAGAGAUACGUGAGAGUUGUAUUUAUAUAUAUAUUUUCAUUAAUUCUUAUUUAUUGUGCUGAUUUUCUA